AUGCUCAAUACCACAUCCCGUCUCCUCCGCCUCUCCACAUCCACAUUCACAAAGCGAAGCCCAGUCACCGUCACCAAAUCCUUCAGCACAACCACCCCUCGCCUCUACGCCGCCAAAAUGGACGCCUUGAAGAAAGUCGGCAACCGCGAGAACGCACCCCCAAAACAUGAAAUGGUGCAUUUCCCCGGCCUCAUGUCCGAAAAGCGAAGCUUCGGCGACUUCCGCACCGUCCUACACACAGGCCUCUACUCCCAAAUCGUCGCCAUGGAAGUCCCCGUGAACGGCGAGAUCGGGGAUGAAGUCCAUCUUGUCGACCAGAUCCUGCUUUUCACAUCCGGUAAAGGGCUGGCGACGGUGAAUGGCAAGGACCAGGAGGUUAAAGCCGGUGAUGUUGUUGUUGUGCCGGCUGGGACACAGCAUCAGUUUGUUACCAAGGGGGAUCAGCCGCUCGAGUUGAUUACGGUCUAUGCGCCUGCGGAGCAUCUGCCGAGUAGUGUGCAUAAGACUAAGGAGGAGGGGGAUAAGGCUGAGGAGGAUGAGAUUGAUGAGGCGCCUGAGUGGGCGUUGAAGCCUAAGGCGGAGAAUGAGAAGAAUGGGUUGGUUAAGGAGAGUGGGAAGUAUUAG